CCUGUUUAAUCUUCCUUUCUCAACAUGGCGCCGAAGGUGAAGAAGGAAGCUGUCCCUGCCAAGACUGAGGCCAAGUCAAAGGCAUUAAAGGCCAAAAAGGCUGUGCUUAAAGGAGUCCACAGCCAGAGGAAGAAGAAGAUCAGGACUUCUCCCACCUUCCGUCGCCCCAAAACUCUGCGACUCCGCAGGCAACCCAAGUAUCCUCGCAAGAGCGCUCCCCGUAGGAACAAGUUGGAUCACUAUGCCAUCAUCAAGUUCCCCCUGACAACAGAGUCUGCCAUGAAGAAGAUCGAGGACAACAACACACUGGUGUUCAUUGUAGAUGUCAAGGCAAACAAGCAUCAGAUCAAACAUGCCGUCAAAAAACUGUAUGACAUUGAUGUUGCCAAAGUCAACACGCUCAUCAGGCCUGAUGGAGAGAAGAAGGCAUAUGUUCGUCUUGCACCAGAUUAUGAUGCACUCGAUGUUGCAAAUAAGAUUGGCAUCAUCUAAACUGUUUGGAGAGGCAUGUGGAAGAAUAAAUAUUUGUAAAAACUGA